AUGAGCAUCAUAUCGUGGUCCAUCUUGAGCGUGGUUGUGCUGCUUGCAGUGACUGCACGCUACCGUGUGCGGCGUCGAUCCAUCAAGGACAUCAGAGGACCCGCUUCGCCCUCUCGAUUAUUAGGUAACGAAAUGCAGUUUCGCCACGAAGAGGAAGUUGGCGACGUUCAAUUCCAAUGGCUUCGCCAGUACGGUACCACUUGGCGUACUCAAGGAUGCUUUGGGGAGGAUGUGUUGUGGACAACAGACCCAAAGGCUCUUCAGUAUAUCUUCCAUACAUCUGGGUAUCGGUUCCCGAAGACCAAGGCAAUAGAUCAAUUUGCAAAAACUUUCGCAGGUCGAGGGAUGGUUGCUGUUAAAGGCGUGUUGCCCUGCGAUGUCCACCAGCGUCAGAGGAAGAUCUUGAGUCCUGCUUUUUCUGCAGGGCAAUUGCGUACAUUCCUACCGAUAUUUAGACAUUUGGCUUCUCGUCUUAGUCAGAAGUGGAAGGAUGAACUGGAGGCCAGCGUGUCUCACGAAAGUGCUAUCAUCAAUAUCCCUCAAAUGCUGGCCAGAAUGACAUUAGAUGUCAUUGGUGAAACUGCCUUUGACUAUCAAUUUGGAGCGCUAGACGACCAAAAGAAUGAGCUUGCACGUGUCUUUAGGAACCUCUUUGUCGAUUCUAUGCUCCGUCCACCUGCAUGGGACUUGUUGUUCAAGGCUACGUGGCGCUACAUUCCUGAUCCCAUUUUGCACUACGUUAGGCAUUUGCCAACGAGGGAGUACAGCCGCUUCAAACAGUUCCUGGAAACCGCUUUCCGCGUUGGACAGGACCUCGUAGACCAGAAAGCGUCUUCCACGGAAAAGGGUGGUAAAGAUAUCAUGAGCAUCUUGGUGCAAUCCAGCAUUACUGAUGAUGCCAAGAAACGUUUGAACAACGAUGAGAUGCUUUCCCAAAUAGCGACAUUCCUUUUAGCUGGUCAUGAUACAACCGCCAAUACUCUUACCUGGACGCUAUAUGAACUCUCCAAGAGACCAGAAGAUCAGAAGAAAAUACGUGACGAAAUAGUGGCCGCUCGCAAGGAGAUGGAAGCGCGUGGGGAUGAAGACUUCGUCCCUAGUGAUUUCGACUCGAUGCUCUUUAUGAACGCCGUCAUCAAGGAGACUUUGCGGUUGCAUCCUAUUGUUCCCAUGCUCUUCCGAGAAGCAGCCAGUGAGGAUGUUAUCCCCCUUUCUCAACCGAUCGAGACUGUGUCAGGUAAAAUCAUCAAUCAAGUUCCAGUUAGCAAGGGCCAAGUCAUCAAUAUCUCUAUCUGCACAUACAACCGACUACAGAGUGUUUGGGGGGAAGAUGCAGAUAGCUGGAACCCAAAUAGAUUCCUGGACGAUAACAAGGAGAGACAGGCAUCCGUUGGGGUUUUCGCGAACUUAAUGACUUUUUCUGCCGGCAUACGUGCUUGUAUCGGAUGGCGCUUUGCGUAUGUACCGUCCCUCACGAUGGCUUCAGCAGACCCACAAACUGACUACACCCGUUCUUGUUUGUAUACAGAGUGUUCGAGAUGCAAGCUGUUCUCACGGAGCUUAUCGAGACGUUCGAGUUCAAGUAUCCUGAGGGGAUGGACAUCGUGCGGCUCAACUCGGCAAUCAUGUCACCCGCCAUCAAAGGGAAGGUGGAGAUGGGGGUACAGCUGCCUCUGCAUGUCUCGCUCGUGAAUGGAGCCUGAAUGUG